AUGGCGACCGCGGUCUCAUACCCGGUCCUACCGCAAAACCUCCUCAUAAUUUCCCUGAAAAUGUACUUUACGCCUUCGCGCACACUUCAAUAUCUCCGUGACCUUCUCGACCCGCAAAACGAAAUCGUCCUAGCCAAAAACCGCUCCAAAUUGCUCCUAGCCCUAAUUCCGGAUUUCUUGACUAUCUACCCAUGCGCGGAAAUCAUUCGGGAAUGGGAGUCGACAUUACCAGAAACAAAACAAGGGGAGGCGGUGCCGCCGCCGUUCCUGUUAGGUGGUCAGGACUCGUUCUGGGAGGACUUUGGCGCGUAUACGGGUGAAGUCUCGCCCCUGUCUCUUCGGGAAAUUGGCGCUUCUCUCGUUGAAUUGGGACAUGCCGAGCGCCGUGACCUGUUUGGCGAAACGGAUGAAAUCACAGGUAAAAAAGCGGCUGCAGUCUCGAAACAAGGUCUCAUACCGCUCGUAUGUAUCGGUGAACUGAGUGCGCCAGGACAAGUUGCCUCCGAAGCCGUCGGUCUAGCAGUCAGAGAAUGCGAAACUCAGAUUCGUGCUGUCCUGAGUGCGUUACCGGGCCAUGCACCCGUUAUCUUUGCAUAUGAACCUGUUUGGGCUAUCGGAAAACCGCAGCCGGCCGGUGUUGAGCAUGUUGCUGCUGUUGUGGCGGGGAUUAGGGCUGUGAUUGGGAAGAGGGAAGGCGAUGUUAGGAUUUUGUAUGGUGGGAGUGCGGGUCCGGGCCUGUGGAGUGAAGGUGGAUUGGGGAAGGCUGUUGAUGGGAUGUUUUUGGGGAGGUUUGCACAUCAGGUUGAGGGGGUUAGGAAGGUUGUUAGAGAGGUUGAGGCGACUUUGUCGUAG